CCGUUCUCUGGCUGAGAUGCCGCCUCCACCGCCGCACGACCCAGAGCCCGAAUGGCCCAUUCCUGAGUUCCAUCUGCGUAUCGAAGACAUCGCGCAUCCCGGUGCAAAGCUUUUCCUCGACCUCGUCCGACCGGACAUUGCAUUACGCGAGGCUGUUGUCACCGUCUGCAACUGGCUCUACACGCCGGAGACCGUGCCCAAGAACGUCGAACGCAUCACGUUCGUCCUGCGCCCCAUGCCGGGCGUGGCCCACACGUUCGGCAGCGCGACGCACAAGGAGAUCCACUUCUCGCUCGACCACAUCCGCAACAGCGAGGCGCGCGCGCGCGACGAGAUCCUCGGCGUGCUCACGCACGAGAUGGUGCACUGCUACCAGCACAACGGGGCGGGCAAGUGCCCCGGGGGCCUGAUCGAGGGCAUCGCAGACUGGGUGCGUCUGAAUGCCGGGCUGGGCCCGCCGCAUUGGAAGCGGGAAGCGGGCGAUAAGUGGGACGCGGGGUAUCAGGCGACCGCGUACUUCCUCGAGUGGAUCGAGGACCGGUACGGGCGCGGCUCGAUCCGGGAGCUGAACGAGGGCAUGAAGGAGAAGGAGUACGACGAGCACAUCUUCAAGGACGUCACGGGCCGGAAGAUCUCCAAGUUAUGGACUAUCUACAAGAAGAGCCUGGAGGAGAAGCACGGCCUAUGAUCAUGAACGCAGAUACCCCACGUCGUACCCUCAUUUACACUUCAGUAUUUAUGGACUCUGUUGUCCCCAUCGCACUCUAUCGGACUUCCGGUGUCUAUAAGCUU